CCGGCUGGGUGCGGAGGAACCGAGGCUGACCUCCCACCCGGCCCACUCACGCCUUGGGGUGCGGGAGAGGCGGCGGCCACCGGGCUUCAGUUCCCAGAAAAGGUGUCCUUUCGAUUUCGGUUUUUCCCCGCCAGACUCAGCCGCUUCCACAGCAUCGGGCUCGAGCUGAAGCUUCUAGAGCGCGGCGCCCGGCGGAGCCCCGGGGAGGCAGCGGGACGCCCAGACCUCCGGCCUCGGCAGCGCCGGGACUCGUGAGUUAGCAGGUUGCCAUGGCAUCCAUACCCAGCAUGGUGGCCCCCAUUUGUCUGGUGGAAAACAGCAAUGAGCAGCUGUCAGUGAAUCAGGAAGCUCUGCAGAUUCUUGACCAGAUUUCUCAGCCAGUGGUGGUCGUGGCCAUUGUAGGACUGUAUCGUACAGGCAAGUCCUACUUGAUGAACCGUCUUGUAGGACAGAACCAUGGCUUCCCUCUGGGCUCUACGGUGCAGUCUGAAACCAAGGGCAUCUGGAUGUGGUGUGUGCCUCACCCCUCUAAGACUGAUUGCACUCUGGUCCUUCUGGACACCGAGGGCCUGGGCGAUGUGGAAAAGGGUGACCCUAAGAAUGACUCGUGGAUCUUUGCCCUGGCCGUGCUCCUGAGCAGCACCUUUGUCUACAACAGCAUGAGCACCAUCAACCACCAGGCCCUGGAGCACCUGCAUUAUGUGACAGAGCUGACAGAACUCAUCAGGGCAAAGUCCUCUCCUACAUCAGAUGGAGUAGAAGAUUUCUCAGAGUUUGUGAGUUUUUUUCCAGACUUUAUCUGGACUGUGCGGGAUUUCACCCUGGAGCUGAUGUUAACCGGCUGCCCUAUCACAGAAGAUGAGUACCUGGAGAAUGCCUUGAAGCUGAUUCCAGGCAUGGAUCCCAAAAUACAAAGGUCCAAUCUGCCCAGAGAGUGUAUCCGGCAUUUCUUCCCAAAACGGAAGUGUUUUGUCUUUGACCGGCCAACAAAUGAUAAAAAACUCCUAGCCAAUAUUGAGAAGAUUGAAGAACACCAACUGGACCCUCAAUUCCAGGAACAAACACAGAAUUUCUGUUAUCACAUCUUCACCCAGGCGAGGACCAAGACCCUCAGAGAAGGAAUCAUAGUCACCGGGAAACGGCUAAAGACUCUGGUGGUGACUUAUGUGGAUGCCAUCAACAGUGGAGGAGUGCCUUGUUUGGAGAACGCGGUGACAGCUCUGGCCCAGCUUGAGAACUCGGCGGCCGUGCAGAAGGCAGCCGAGCACUACAGCCAGCAGAUGGACCAGCUAGUGGAGUUCCCCACAGACACGCUCCAGGAGCUGCUGGACCUGCACGCAGCCUGUGAGAAGGAGGCCAUUGCAAUCUUCAUGGAGAAGUCCUUCAGGGAUGAAAACCAGGUGUUCCAGAAGCAUCUUGUGCAGAUGAUCAGGGAUAAGAAGGAUGAGUUUGUGCGGAGGAAUGAAGAGGCAUCUACCAAAUACUGUGAGGCUGAACUUGAACAGCUUUCAGUGAACCUACUGGAAAGUAUUUCAGCAGGCAUUUUCUCUGUUCCUGGUGGUUACGAGCUCUACAUGGAAGCAAAGGACAGGAUUGAACGGGACUACUGGCAAGUGCCCAGGAAAGGGGUGAAGGCAAAGGCGGUGCUCCAGAGCUUCCUGCGGUCGCAGGUGGCCAUCGGGAAGUCCAUCCUGCAGGCGGACAGAGCGCUCACGGACAAGGAGAAGGCCAUGGCAGAGGAGCGGGCCAGGAAGGAGGCAGCUGAGAAGGAACAGGAGCUGAUGACACAGAAACUGCAGGAGCAGCAGCAGCAGAUGGAGGCGCAGAAGAGGAGUCUCGAGGAAAAUAUAUGUCAACUGAAGGAGAAGAUGGAGAGGGACAGAGAGAACCUAAUCAGAGAGCAGAACUCGAUGUUGGAGCAUAAACUGAAGGUUCAAAGAGAUCUGCUGAAAGAAGGAUUUACAAAGAAAUCUGAAGAGAUGAAUGCAGAGAUCAAUCGUUUGCGAAAGAUGAUUGAUUCUACUGAAGAUGACACUCCCUGGAUUGCAAAAGCCUUAGAUAAACUUGGCACUGAACUCACUAUUAUAUUGUCUGCUCCUGCUCAACUUGUUGGUUCUCUUGUAAAAGGCAUUGGCUCACUAUUUAAAAAGAAAUAGUUCUCCUUUGAAGGAAAUUAUAGAAUGUGGAUAUAUGCUAUGGCUUGCUUUGGCAUGCAUUGUUUUCGAUUUCAUUCAUCCACAUUUUAAACAUAAAAAGUGAGUACUAAAAUAUAUAAAUGCUGAGCCCACGUUAAAUAGAAUAAAUGCACAUACUCUUAGAUAUAGUAUGUUCACUUUUUGAAAUACAUACGUUGCCCGGCUGGGCAUGGCUCAAAGGUUGAGCGUUGACCUAGGAUCCAGGCGAUCAGGGUUCGAUUCCUGGUCAGG